GUUUAUUAAUUAUCAUCACUAAUCAUCAUUAAAAAUAAUCGUGAAAUAAAUAUGUUGUAUUGCAAAGAGAUUUGAAUAGAAAAGUAAACAUAUUUUAAAAAUGCACUGUCGUGCCUGUAUGCAAGUAGAUUGUGAGAAGGCUGUGGAUAUGAAUUAUGCCACAUCUGGAGAUGAUGGUAAAACUUUAUACGAUUACUUCAAUGAGUGCACGCAACUACAAGCUACAUCGCACGAUGAACUUCCACAAAUAUUAUGCAGUACCUGCAUAGAAGAUCUAUAUGAUGCCUAUAAUUUUAUAAACAGGGCUCGUACAUCAGAUGGAGAACUUAAAAAGUUGCUGACAUUACAAAAAGCCGACACAGACAUAUAUACUACUACUCAAACUACACAGUAUGUAGUGGAAUGCAUAAAUGAUCCCUUAGCGACACCGGAACGAGAAAUUGCCGUAACUGAAACUUUCAUUACUGCAGAGGGCGCUGAAGUGGCUAUACCCGCCUCUGAAAUAAAAAUAGAGCUGGAGCUGCCUGAAGAUUUUGAAAACACAGUUGAGGAUCAUGCUGUCAAAAGUUACUCCGAUUCUUCACUACAGGGUAACAGUGACGUUGUCAUGCCUGUAGUAACUCAUUCUUGUGAACUAUGCGAUUGUUCAUAUUUAACGCAAAAGGAACUGAAAGAUCAUAUAUUUGAUAUGCACAAGUCUGAUAUAAUCUGCAUGAAAUGUCCGAAAGUAUAUGAGCUUCCUACGGAACUACGGCUACAUGAAUCACUUGUACAUAGCACGGAAACAUCAUUUCAAUGUGUAUGGUGUAAGGAAUCUUUUCAACGUGAAGAACUACCUAAACAUAUACGGAAGAAGCAUAGACAUUCUUAUUUAAAAUAUUUUCCGCGCAUAAGAAUCCAUUGUAAUAAUGACAAGACGAAUAGUUUUCGUUGUGAUGACUGUCAAAUAGCCUUUCCAUCCAUACUAGAAUUAGCCUCCCAUGUAAAGGAUCAUAAAUUUGAAUGUCCAUUAUGUCUGAUGAGCUUUACAAAAUAUGGUUCGUAUCGGGUGCAUGUUAAACGCACACAUAACCAUUCCAUAAGUAGUUUAAAAGCUGCGGUAGAAACUUUGCUUGUAGAACCUUUGAUGGAAUUUCCAAAUGGAACUAUUUCUGUAGAAAAAUCAUGUAAAUCUCCAAAUCGAUCGUUUGAGGAAGCGCAAAUGGAAAUUGUAAAGGAGGUCGUACCAGUGACCAUCACAGAACCACAAGAUACCUCAUUGCAGACCAAAGAUAAACACACAAAUGUAGUCACGACAAAUGACUCUGUAAAUAAUUGUACAGGAAGCUUAUUUAGAUCGUUAGUUGUCGAUGAAGGUGAAGAUAAACCAAUUGAAUGUAAACCUCGCAACAAAAGCUAUACAAGAUUAUGCUCAAACAAUUAUCACAAAAUAACUGAAUCAACCGAUAUAAAUGAUAUGGAAGAAACUACUGAUAAUGAAAUUGUGGAUAUUCUGGAUAUUGAAGCAUAUAAAGCGUCGAUAGCUAAAACAGAAUCGGAACGGAGCUUCUCACUUGCAGAUUUAGCGUGGGAAGCUGAAUCCAAAAAAGUUGAAUCCGAUGAAAAUAUUUUAGGAAGUGAAGAAAAUAAUCUUGUUGAUCAAGUGCCAAAGGAAUCGGUUCAAAAGCAACAACAAAAACAGAAAACUAUUCCACAGUCAAAGGGAAAAAAGGGGUAUUUUUGUUCAUUUUGCCCACGUGUGUUAACUUCCAAUAGGUCGUUGCAAACACACGAAAAAACUCAGCAUCUCGGUAGAAAAAAAGAUAUUAUGAAAGAGUGUCCCAUCUGUCAGAAAAAAAUGUAUAUGGACUACAUUAAGAAACAUAUUAGAAAUGUACACGUAGGGGAACGUAAUAACGUUUGCGAUAUAUGUGGCGGCAGAUACAAAACAUUUAAUACACUCCAACGGCACAAACUGUUGCAUAUGGCAGAUCGCCAAUGGCAAUGCAGUGCAUGUGAUAUGAAAUUUGUGGACAAAUAUGCACUCAAUAGACAUAUGCGCCUUCAUACAGGCGAAAUGCCAUUAAAUGAUAUGGAAGAAACUACGGAUAAUGAAAUUGUGGAUAUUCUGGAUAUUGAAGCAUAUAAAGCGUCGAUAGUUAAAAAAGAUUCGGAGGAGAUCCCCUCACUUGCAGAUGUAACGUGGGAAGCUGAAUCCAAAAAAGUUGAAUCCGAUGAAAAUAUUUUAGGAAGUGAAGAAAAUAAUCUUGUUGAUCAAGUGCCAAAGGAAUCGGUUAAAAAGCAACAACAAACAAAGAAAACCAUUCCACAUUCAAAGGGAAAAAAGGGGUAUUUCUGUUCGUUUUGCUCACGUGUGUUAACUUCCAAUAGGUCGUUGCAAACACACGAAAAAACUCAGCAUCUCGGUAGAAAAAAAGAUAUUAUGAAAGAGUGUCCCAUCUGUCAGAAAAAAAUGUAUAUGGACUACAUUAAGAAACAUAUUAGAAAUGUACACAUAGGGGAACGUAAUAACGUUUGCGAUAUAUGUGGCGGCAGAUACAAGACAAUUAAUACACUCCAACGGCACAAACUGUUGCAUAUGGCAGAUCGCAAAUGGCAAUGUAGUGCAUGUGAUAAGAAAUUUGCUGAAAAAUCUGCACUCAAUAUACAUAUGCGCCUUCACACAGGCGAAAAGCCAUUUGCUUGUCAUCUAUGUGACCGACGAUUUCGCAUAGGGAGUCAUCUUACCUAUCAUUUAGAGAGACAUGAUAAUAUAAAGAAAAAGUGCAACGUUUGUGGCAAAGAAUUCACCAGCGCUACAUCAUUGCGAAAACACUCAUUCCUGCAUACUGGCGAUAUGCCGUAUAAAUGCACUGAUUGCGACUAUGAAACGGCUAAACGUGAAUAUUUCAUAAGCCAUACGCUUCGAAAACAUGACCGAAAAAUGACUGAAGAUGAAUUAUUUUUAAUGUUCAAAAGGAAUACUGGUAAAACGCCUCGCAAAACUAAACACAUUUUAAAAAUGCACUGUCGUGCCUGUAUGCAAGUAGAUUGUGAGAAGGUUGUGGAUAUGAAUUAUGCCACAUCUGGAGAUGAUGGUAAAACUUUAUACGAUUACUUCAAUGAGUGCACGCAACUACAAGCUACAUCGCAUGAUGAACUUCCACAAAUAUUAUGCAGUACCUGCAUAGAAGAUCUAUAUGAUGCCUAUAAUUUUAUAAACAGGGCUCGUACAUCAGAUGGAGAACUUAAAAAGUUGCUGACAUUACAAAAAGCCGACACAGACAUAUAUACUACUACUCAAACUACACAGUAUGUAGUGGAAUGCAUAAAUGAUCCCUUAGCGACGCCGGAACGACAAAUUGCGGUAUCUGAAACUUCCAUCACUGCAGACGGCGUUGAAGUGGCUUUACCAGCCUCUGAAAUAAAAAUUGAGCUGGAGCUGCCUGAAGAUUUUGAAAACAUAGUUGAGGACCAAGCUGUGAAAAGUGACUCCGAAUCUUCACUUCAGGGUAAUAGUGACGAUGAGAGCGGUGACGUUGUCAAGCCUGGAGUAACUCAUACUUGUGAGCUAUGUGAUUGUACAUGUUUAACGCUAAAGGAACUGAAAGAUCAUAUAUUUGAUAUGCACAAGUCUGAUAUAAUCUGCAUGAAAUGUCCGAAAGUAUAUGAGCUUCCUACGGAACUACGGCUACAUGAAUCACUUGUACAUAGCACGGAAACAUCAUUUCAAUGUGUAUGGUGUAAGGAAUCUUUUCAACGUGAAGAACUACCUAAACAUAUACGGAAGAAGCAUAGACAUUCUUAUUUAAAAUAUUUUCCGCGCAUAAGAAUCCAUUGUAAUAAUGACAAGACGAAUAGUUUUCGUUGUGAUGACUGUCAUAUAGCCUUCCCAUCCAUACUAGAGUUAGCCUAUCAUGUAAAGGAACACAAAUUUGAAUGUCCAUUAUGUUUGAUGAGCUUCACAAAACAUGGUACGUAUCGGGCGCAUGUGAAACGCAUACAUAACCAUUCCAUAAGUAGCUUAAACGCUGCGAUUGGUGGCACUGAGGACGAUCCAAAUAAGCCAUUCAAGUGUGCUCUAUGCUCCAGACAAUUCAGACUGAAAACUUCUCUUCAAGGACAUUUGAAAAUCAAGCAUAACCAAUGUACACGCCGCAAUGUAAAAUGCGACGAGGAUAAAAUAUUUGAAUGUACAUUGUGCACUAUGCGUUUUGCAAGUCAUAAUACGCUUUAUCAUCACAAAAGACGCAAACAUCGAGAUUUGAUAGCAACAAAUGUUGCCGAUAGUGCCAAUAGUAACAUUGCAGCGGAACCACUGGAAAGUGAUACAGAAACCAGUGGCGUUAUUAAAUGUACAUUAUGUCAUAAGGACAUACCAAAAAGUCAAAUCAAAAACCACGAAAGACGACACAAGUAUGGUUUGAAUAGGAAAAGAAAAUUCCUGUGUGCAUUUUGCCCACGUGAAUAUAAUUCGGAGACUUCGGUUAAAUUGCACGAAAAAAGGGUGCAUAUGAGCGAGAAGCCCGAACCCAAAGAAUGCCCAAUAUGUCAGAAAAAAGUCGAUCCGAAAUAUUUGAAGAACCACAUCGAUAAUGUGCACACGUCCGAGCGAAAAUUUAUCUGUGAUAUCUGUGGUGAUCCCUUCAAGAGUUACGUUCUGUUGCAUAGCCAUAAACGUUUGCACUUGGAGCGAAAUUUCGCAUGCACUGUGUGCGAGAAAAAGUUUAUACGCUCAUGUGAUCUGAAGAUACACAUGCGCAUACAUACAGGCGAAGAGCCAUAUGCUUGUCAUUUGUGCGAUCGACGAUUUAAAAUCAAAGUGCGUCUGAAUUAUCACCUGCAGCGACAUGCUGGCAUCAAGCGGAAAUGUCAGGUGUGCGGUAAAGAGUUCAAUCAUGUGAAACAGUUGAAAAUCCAUUCGUACAAACACACUGGCAUGCCAUAUAGAUGUUCGGUGUGCGAGUAUGGCUGUGCGCAGCGUGAUGUAUUUCGGAAACAUUUGUUACGUAUGCACGACAUGACUAUGACUGAUGAGGAGUAUUGUGCAAUGUUCAAAGCAAACACGGGUCGUAAUCCGCAUGUGAAGACUCUGGAAGAAUUGCAAACGGAGGCGCAAAAUGCAGAGCAAGAGCAAUCAAACUAACACAUUUGUACAACGAACCGAGAAUAUUGUUUAUAUUUUUAAAUAUAGUGAAGCAAAAUUAUGAAAUUUAAUUUAA